CAGUCUUCAGCAGCUUCAUCGUGGCCACCCUGGAAUCCAGCGAAUGAAGGCGAUUGCCAGGUCUUAUGUUUAUUGGCCAACUCUCGAUAACGACAUUGUUGAUUAUGUUAAAUCCUGCCAUCAAUGUGCGAUGGCUGCGAAAACACCACCGAAGUCAGCGCCUUUGUCUUGGCCUAAAUCAACAAAACCGUGGCAGCGUGUACAUCUUGACUAUGCUGGACCGAUCGACGGGGAAUACUACUUGGUCGUCGUGGAUUCUUUUUCGAAGUGGCCUGAGAUUGUGCAGACUCGCAGCAUCACUACAGCCGCUACAAUUAAAAUCAUCAGAGAACUGUUCGCACGCUUGGGAAUGCCAGAGACACUAGUGAGCGACAACGGCUCACAGUUCACCAGUGCAGAAUUUCAAUCCUACUGUACGGAUAACGGUAUCGAGCAUCUCACAACAGCGCCGUUUCACCCACAAUCGAACGGUCAAGCUGAGCGGUUUGUGGAUACAUUCAAGCGGUCAAUAAAGAAGAUUAAGGAGGGGAAAACGACAAUGCGUGAAGCACUCAGUACAUUUUUGCUGACUUACCGGAGCACACCCUGUUUUUCUUCUCCGGAUGGAAAAUCGCCAGCAGAAGUCAUGUUCGGUCGUCCGAUCCGUACCAGUUUGGAUCUACUCCGUCCUCCACCAGAUUCUGUGCAGUUUGAACAGCCUAUCGAGAGCCGACCCUUGAAGCGUGAGUUCAAAGCUAAAGAUCCGGUAUACGCAAAAGUCUUCGUUAAAAAUCAAUGGCACUGGGCUCCAGGAACAGUACUGGAACGUAUAGGUCGUGUAAUGUACAACGUUCAGCUCGACAAUAGAAGGCUUGUUCGGUCCCAUGUUAACCAGCUUCGAGAUCGCGCUAUAUCGGAGGGUCUCAACGUAUCGACAUCGACAGACAGUACGAAACUUCCACUCAACAUUCUACUUGAUGCUUGGAAUCUUCCGGUUCGUCGUACAACGGAUCCAUUAGCACACUCAACACCAGUAGCACCUCUUACAAGCUGCUCUAGUUUGAGACCAUCGUCAACACCACAUACUCUGGUGAGAAGGCCUACCUUAUCAUCGGAAUCAUCGUCACAGUUAUCAAUAUCGUCUUCGUCAUCUUCAACAUCGCCAAGUUCGACAUCAGAAUUUCAGUCUGCAAAUGAAGCCGAUUCAGCUGUUCAGGUACCUCGCCGCUCUUUGCGUGUCCGAAGAGCUGCGCAAUGGUCCGAUCCCUAUCAGCUGUAUUAG